GAUAUAUUCACAACUCAACUAUCGGCUCGGCUUCACGCUGAAUAUCAAAUCUCUCUCUCUCUCUCUCUUUGAAAACUGCAUCGGUUGGAAAAAUUGAAAAGCUUCUGAUAAAUAUCCUCCCUCUAUUCUCACAUUCAAAAUUUGCGUUCUUCCCACAGCCACAAUUCUUUUCAACAUCAGAUUUCUUAAUUUUUCACUGCUCCUCUUAUUCACGCAGUUCAUCCCUUCCGAUGAACGCCAAAUGCUCGACGAAAAUUCUGUUAGAGAAUCAUGUAUUCUUGAGGCCUCGAUUGCUUGCGGUGCAUUUCUUUCAAGGGAAGCGGUAUACGUUGUGCAAUACUACAGUUGGAGAACGUUAUUCUUGAAUCGUGGUUGAGCCGCACUAAUCGAUUUAUCUAAAUGGUGAAGAUUGAAUGCUCUGUGCGCCGGAAAGGGCGGCCGAACGCCGUGCUCCGGCCCUCCCGUUUGCCGCUGCCAACGUUGCCAAGUUGUUGCUUACUGCUCCCUCGCUCACCAGGUUUCCCACAGAAGUGCGCAUAAAAGAGAGUGUGAGAGGUUGGAGCAGCAAAUGAAGCGCGCUGACAUCUUGAAUGAUUUCCCUUUCAUAUUCACGCGAGAAGCUAUCCAAAUCCAGGGUACAAGGUGUUCAUUUUCAAAAAGGCACGGCAUCCACCUUUCAGGAAUGUGGAUUUGUGAAUGCAGCUGCGUAGGAGUCUCAGCUUCUAAUUUCGAACUUUUGAGGUUGAACAGUAAUUCGAAUCUUCCAAGUGAGGCUUUGGCUGCUUUGCUUCUUCAUUGGCCCUUAACAAUAUUUCGGGCCAUUCAGCUUGCAACUCUUGAAAGCUUGCUUCCUGAAUUCUCUAACGAACUGCGAAUACAUUAUCUAGGACCAGAAAGAGAACUUCUUCAACUGGCAGUCUUUGGGGAACUGCAAGCACUCUUCCCCGGAGUAAAUGUGUACAUAGAUCUUUUUGCACCUGCAAUUCCACAAGUGAGGGAUGGUGAAAAGAUUGAUCUGUAUACUUAUUCUCAGUGUAACAACAUGGACUGUGGGUGCCGGAGUUCAGCUGUUAGUUACCGAGAAAGAAUAGAUACUUGCCACUCUUCUGCAAUCACGUUACGGCUUCAUGCAGGUUUUUAUCAUCACUGUUGCAGAGAAUUACAGCAGGAUUGUUUUCCUCAUAUUAUCAUAGCCGCAAACGCUGGUGUUGCUGCCUACAUCAGCUGGUUACCUACUAUUUAAGUAUUAAAAGAGCUCAAAGUUCCAGCGGUGUUCUCAGAUUACUGUGAAGAAGCUUGUCAUCUUGCAGCUUCAUAUGUUAAAUUCACUGGAGAAAGUUAGAUUCUAGAAUCCCCAAAAUUA